UUCUAUGAUGCCAGUAGUGAGCUAUCUCACUAGGAGGUCGGUUUGGAAUAUGAAAAAGGUGAAAGACUAGACGGCGUAAUUAUCCGCCGUGUGUUUAUUUAGCGCUACAUACACCACACGCCCCUUUUCUGACAAUAUUCCAGAUGAUAUAGGAGCCUACAUAAAGCAGCGCGGCGUGUCGCAGCCAUAUGAAGCGUAAAAGAUGACUCUGCGAGGUAAAGUGGCUCUAGUUACGGGCGGAGCGCAAGGUAUCGGUAGAGCCGUCGCAGAAAGCCUACUGAAGAAUGAAGCAAAGGUUGCACUUGUUGACUUGAAUCAAAGUGUCGGAGAGGAAUGCAAGAAGAUUUUAGAUGGAGAUUUUGGAGAUGGGAACUGCAUUUUCAUUCAGUGUGACGUGACGGACAGAUUGAAACUUAAAGAUGCUUUUCAAAGUACAGUCGACCGGUUUGGAAGAUUGGACAUUGUUGUCAACAAUGCUGGCAUCAACAAUGAGAAGGACUGGGAGAAGACCAUUGAAGUAAAUCUGACAUCAGUCAUCAAGGGAACUUACCUGGCCCUGGAUCAUAUGAGCAAAGAGUAUGGAAAAGAAGGAGGAGUCAUCAUCAAUGUCUCAUCCAUGGCAGCUUUCCUUCAUUCCCCCUACCAGCCAGUGUACACGGCCACAAAGCACGGGGUGAUAGGCUUCUCCAGAGCCAUAGCGGAUGCAGCCGAGGUGGAGAACUAUGGUGUGAGGAUCAACACGCUGUGCCCUGCCUUCGUGGACACCCCUCUCCUGCGCUCCGUGGAACACGAGGACAACAUGGGCAAGUUUGACAAGUUCAAGGACGACUUAAAGAGGAGCGUGCACAAGUUCGGGGUGCUUCAACCGUCGCUGAUCGCAGAGGGAGUGUUGCGCCUGAUAACUGAUACCGGUCUAAACGGCGCAGUGAUGAAGAUCACCUGCUCUAAAGGGAUCCACUUCCACACCUACGAGCCCCUGUCCGCUUGAGAGGAUCAACACGGAAUACCGUCGGACUUCUGUCACCCACCCAGACAAAGGAACUUAAAGUGGUCGGAGUAUGGAGUCAUUCAGAAAGUAGACCCAUGUGUCUAUGGAAUUGGUAGAAAUGUAGGCCCAUUGAAUUAGGAAUUAGAAUAGUAAUUUAAUGGGACCUCUAUUUGUAUGCCCACGUUGGAUGUAACCAAAUUCCAGUAGUCUUACUUAAUAGGUGUGAACAAAGGUAGACAAAGAGGGUUUAGUUUUCGGGUUUCCCUCAUCAUAAAAUCCUCCAGUUGAUUUGACUAGUAUGAGAGACUUGGUACACAUUGACUGCUGUAUUUAUUUUAUUUUAUUUAUUUAACUAGGCAAGUCAGUUAAGAAAAAAUUCUUAUUACCCAAUUAUGAAAUGGACAUUUUAUCACAAAGCACAAUAUGUGUUUACAAUUCUACCAAAUAACUGUAGUUUAUUUAUGAUACAAUAGCAUACUUUAUUAUCAUAGAAUAUGUGAAAAUUUGUAUUUUUGUUGUCUGUCAGACAAUAAACUUUGGCUCCUUUCCUCUUCUCA